AUUCCAAAAAUAUGUGUCUACUUGUCUACCACUCUGUAUUUAAUUUAUCUGCAUUUAAAUAAUUGAAAUUUUUACUUAAGUGGAAUCAAUACAAUAUUCAAGUUAUCCACAAUGGCAUUUACGUUGCCUCCAGUUGUUACAUUUGAUGAUGUAUUCAAAUUAAAGGAUGACCCAAACGUAUUGAUAAUCGACGUGCGUGAGCCAAGUGAAUUACAGGAGACUGGAUCAAUACCAAGAUCUAUUAAUAUACCGCUCAACGAUGUUGAGUCAGUAUUAAAAGAUUUACCAAACAAUGAAUUCGAGGAGAAAUACGGAAGAACAAAACCUGACUUCAAUUUCCCGAUAAUCUUCUCCUGUAGAAGUGGAAAAAGGGCUGGACAGGCGCUUGAAAUUGCUAAAAACUUGGGAUAUAAAAAUUUAAGCAACUACAAAGGCAGUUGGUUGGAUUGGGCACAACAUAUCAAGGAAAUGGAGAGGAAGGAAUAAACAACUGUUUAUUAAUAGAAUUAUUACUAUUAUUAAUAAAUGAUAAUAAAUUCA